UCUAACGAAAACCAAAGGGCCGUUUCUUUUAUCUUUGAGCUUCUCUUCUGUACCUUGUAUUCCCAGAAAAAUGGCAGCCAGCUUCGGUUUCGCCAUUGUUGCAGCUCCCACCUCUCACAGUGAUAUUUCCAAAAUACCCCUUAUUCAUCAUCUCAAAAGCUCCAGUGCUGCACCAAUUACAAAAAAGUCCUCCCCUUCUUUAUUAUCACUCAGACGUGGCCGUUUCUCUGUCUUGUCUUGUCUCCCUACCCGUCCUUCUUCUUCUUCUUCUUCAUCUUCUAGGCCCAAAACAAGGCUUUAUGUCAGUGGACUGUCUUUCCGGACUACAGAAGAGAGUUUACAAAAUGCAUUCCAAAGCUUCGGACAGCUUGUAGAAGUCAAUCUGGUGAUGGAUAAAAUUGCCAAUAGACCAAGAGGCUUUGCUUUCCUCCGCUACGCAACCGAGGAGGAAUCACAGAAAGCUAUUGAGGGAAUGCAUGGCAAGUUUCUGGAUGGCAGGGUAAUAUUCGUUGAAAUUGCAAAACCCAGAUCAGAGCUUCGCCAGGCCAUAAAACAAAAUCCAAGACAAUACUGAACAACUAGACAACAUCAUUUUUGUUUGCAAAAUACAAUCGAGAUUGAGCCAAACUCCCUAAAUUCUUAAUUCUCCAUCAUGUGUCACCAAAGUUAUUUCUUUAUACAGCACCGCAAUCUGAAAUGAAGAAAAGAUGUUAUUUACACUAGUUCAAGAGUUGGGACAUGUUUGAUGUACAUCCUAUACAUUUUACAACAGAAACUAGCUAUGAUUUAAAGAAUUCUGAGUAUCAGAGCGUGACACCGGGUAAUUUAUUUGGGUAUAAAUUUCUUCACCGAUUCAAGUAUUUUUUC